UCGGUAACUUACAUAUAAGUGGGUCUAGUGCGAGGUAUCAGUAUGGCAGCAAUACCUACAACCUACAAUGAGAAGGAUAAUACGUGGUGUGGAGCCAAGCGGAGCUCUAUCUAUAACUAUGAUAUAUCUGUGGGCAAAGUCAUAUUCAAUACCAUGAAGAAUUGGCCAAAAAAUGUGUGCCAGAUUAACGAUAUUGAUGGCGUAACAGUGACCAAUGCACAGGGCAUCACCUGGGCCGUACGCAUUGCACAGUAUCUGAAAAACCGUGGCCUCAACCACAAGGAUGUAAUUGGCAUCGCUGCGAAAAAUACCACCUAUGUGAUGCCCUUGGGUGUGGCUUGCCUAAUGAAUGGAACACCCUUUCACUCUGUGAAUCCACUGCUCGACGAAGCCACCAUUAGCUAUGUGUAUGCAAUAACUAAGCCGAUGCUCAUAUUCUGCGAUGGUUUGGAUUAUCAAAAAAUUCGCGCGGCCACCUUAAGCUGGCAUCCUGAGAUAUACACCUUGAGCGAUCCGAUUGAGGGUGUGCCCAAGAUAGAGAACCUGCUGGAUCCAACUACCACUGAAAUGUUCUAUCAACCGGAGCCUCUUAAGACCGGCGGAGAUCAAACGGUGGCCAUUUUAUGCUCCUCUGGCACCACAGGCUUGCCCAAAGCCGUUUGCAUUUCGAAUGGUAUACUCAUACAGGAGAGCUUGCUCGUAACUAGUGAAUCGGUCAUCUUUGUGGCCAGCUCUCUGGAUUGGCUAACUGGUCUGUUGGCCUUCGUGUUCAGCACUGUGUUUGGCAGUACGCGCAUCAUAACUAACCGACCCUUUGAACCCACCUAUUUUGUCGAAUUGGUCAAGAAGUACAAGAUCAACUAUGCCGUGGUGCCGCCGAGGCAUUUGUCUGCCCUGGUCACGUGUCCAAAUGCCACAGCAGAAGCGCUUGUGCCAUUGCGUAUGCUAAAUUAUGGGGGUGGCUUGGUGUCCUUGGCCACACUGCAGCGUGCUCAGGAGAUAUGUAAGUCAGCCAUGUUUAAUUCGGGCUACGGCAUGACCGAGAUAGGUGCCAUCACAGUGAACAUUGGCAUUAGUAAUACUGCAUCAGCGGGCAGACUCUUGCCAGGCAUUAAGAUCCGAAUUGUCGACGAAGAGGGCAAGAGCCUGGGUUACAAUCAGGUCGGAGAAAUCUAUGUGCACACGGGACAGGCCUGGAGCGGUUACUAUGGCAAUCCCGUGGAAACGCGACGCAUGCAGGACUUUGAGGGCUGGUUCCAUACCGGCGACCUGGGCUACUUUGACGAACAGAAUUACCUGUACAUCGUCGAUCGUAAAAAGGAGAUCCUUAAGUACCAGGGACUGCACUACUGGCCCACCGAAAUCGAGAGUACGAUUGCAGAGCUGCAGCAGGUGCAGGAUGUUUGUGUUGUUGGCAUCUACGAUGAGCGCGAAGGCGACGCGGCUGGCGCCUUGGUAGUCAAGCGCAAAGGCUGCGAAAUAAGCGCCAAGGAGGUGGUUGACCAUGUGGCCAAGCGCCUGACUGGCAUGCAGAAGCAGCUGCGUGCCGGCGUGCGCUUCGUCGAUAAGCUGCCCGCCAAUGUGAACGGCAAGACGAUGCGCAAGACCGCUAAGGAGGUGUUUCUGGCCCAGCCCAACUGAGCCAAAGAACAAAUAUUCCACUUGAAUUAUGUACUUUACCUUAUAAGACGGACUACUUGAGAUCGCUGAUAAGGCGCUUCACAAGAA